AUGAAGCCGGGGACUACUCGAUCCAGGCUCCCAAGGAAAUGUCGCCUCCGAACGGUUAAUGCAACCAGUUCUCCCUACUUCGAUGGAUCACCGCCCCGGACACCCACUAGUGACGCUGAUUUUGAGCCGCCUCCCGAUCUUCCCAAGAAGUCUUCAAAGGUCCGAGGAAGGCGGAAAAACGCUGAAAGGACGCCGAACUCGUCCGUGCCCAAAGAAACGGCAGUUAUUAAGACGGCCGGUGAAGGUAAUGAGGCGUCUGACGACGACUGGGAUAAAGUGCCGGCCAGAAAAGACCGGAAACAAAAAAAUAAAACUAGGAAGCCUAGACGCACGAACCAAGCGGCCCCAACCACACAGAUUACGACCAAACCUGAGCCGAGUCGGUCCGCCAGCUCCAGCGAGGAAGAGGGGGAGUGGGAAGAGGUAGUCGAGACUUCUUCACCCCGGGCACCCCCACAAGAGGUAGAAUUCAUGAGCCAGCUUCUGACAGCCACAAAGCCUCAACCAGGCUCCUCCAGUGAAGAAGAGGAUGACGAAAAUCUCGUCGUUUCAGUGUCCAUUGGAGCUGGUGGCAGGCAGGCCAAGUCUCUUGAUCCAAAACUGGCGGCAGCCAUGCUGAGGGCGAGGCGACUUCGCGAAAAACGCUACGCGAGACAUGUCUGCCACCUUUUGUGUCUGUUAUCCCACGCACGUGUCGCUAACUUAACCUGCGACAAUGACCUCAUCCGUGGCCUGGGCCUUUCUUUGCUAACUAGUGUUGAGGAGGUUCGUGAUAGUCUUCGUCGCGUUCUGCCUUCCAACAAUUGGGGUCUGAGCGAUCUUAGGCUUCUUUUACUUGCAUUUGUUUGUCACAUCACCGCCACUGCUACCUCCACCACCGAGUAUACCAGCCUUGCGGAGGCUAUCGACAGUCGACUUCAGGCGAGACAGUCGACGCUGAACGAUGUGACUGUCCUCCUCGUUGCAGCUCUGCGCACCAUCGGCCUGGAUACCAGACUUGUCUGUGCGCUCCAACCUCUUCCCCUGAAAUUACCCUCUGCGCUACGCAAAAGGACAAAAAGACCAUCCACUUCUCCCUCUGCAACUCGCAAGAAACUGAAACCGUUGGGACAGUCCGUGAAAAACGACAAGAUCUUAUCUGCUUCCUCCUGUGGAAGCGCCGAAAGUGACUGUGAGGGGCACCUAGAGGACGCAGCUCAGGAGGCCUCUCUGGUGUUCUUUGCGGAAGUUUUUCUGCCUUCCACUGGCACAUGGGUUGGUAUGAAUCUGCAGCCACCAGUAGGCAGAGUUGAUGCGGAUUUCUUUCAACUGCCAUUUCCCUACGUGGUAGGCUUUGCCUCUAAUAAGCCGGUUUUCGAGUCCUCGUCAUCAAUAACUUACCCCUAUACUGGCCGCUUCCCCCUCGACCUGGCCUCUCGUUAUGACCCUCAAUGGUUGUCUGGUUCACGAGCUAGCCGUAUUGCUGACCCCCUAUGGAAAGAACUGUUAAAUCAAAUGAAGGGGUACUGCGAUGCAGACGCCGCUCUGUUGGGAGGUCUACGUGCCAAAGAGCCGACUAUGGAGCCGGAGGUUCGUGACGCUGUCGACGCUGAGCGCAUCCAGAACUGUCUACGUCAACAGCCCUUACCUAGACGGGUGAGCGAUCUGAAGAAUCAUCCACUCUACGUGCUGAAACGUCACCUUCUCAAGUUUGAGGUCAUUCACCCGCCAGAUGCGCCCGUCGUGGGUUUCUUGAAGGUGGGCAAGUCGGACGCAUUGGGGGAGCCAAUUUUCUCGCGAGAGUACCUCUACCUAUGUCACACUCGGGAGGCCUGGCUGAAGGAGGCUAAGGUAGGUCGUACCCGAUGCCUUAUUUUAAAGACCCACUGAAUUAUGUUGACGAAACUCUUACUCACGGCGCAGCAAGCUUCCUCUAACUAAUCCAGAUAUGUUGGAUUGCCCGUUAAUAAAUAGCUCUAAAGCUAGAUGGAACGCCGGUAUUUCGCCCUGCAAUUGGGUCUAAUCGCUGCUUUUCGAUGUUACUUAAAGCGGACCUCGGGGGUGAACCCGUGACCGAACUCGUAGUGUCUAAAUUAAUUUUAAACUGAAACUGGACGCUUCGGAUAUUCUAGCUCGGGCUUGUCUUGUUGAUGUCUUCAGCAUAACGUCGAGCUGAUGCCCACAGAUUUGCGUAAUUACAGUGAGUGACCGAUCUCAUGAAAUUCAGAAAUGCGUUUCCGAUUAGGAAGGAUUGCUUAGGUGGGGUUGUAAUAUUGUUUAUCCCGCGGCAUAAUCCUAUGGUAUUUCUGACUCGGCAGGAUGUGGACUUUUAAAUGCAUAUCUUUUCACUCACCUGCUGAUACCGUACUCGGUAAAAAAUGACUACUUAUGUAGCGUACAUUUUCGACACUUAUUUCGGUGGUCUUAUAUAUUCAAAUAUAUUUUACUAAAAAGUGAACGAAAAUAUUCUUUAUUUCACUCGUUUAAUAGAGAAUCACGUCAUCUUCAUAUUUUAUAUCCGAAGAAAGAGUAUAAUUUGGUUUUAGAAAAGUUUUCUAAUUGCCGAAUAAUUUGGAGCCUGAUCCGCCGUUGCAUUAGCGCCAAGUGAUUUCAGUUUACAAGGUGCACGCGUUCCGCGUAAGGAAAAUCAUGUAUUCUUCUAUGCCUUUAAAAAGAUGUCGUAUGGAGUCCAUAAAAUUUUGCAAUGGAUGCGGACUAUGAUGUACAUUUAAUGAGGAGCAGCGGUAAACGGACAGGUACGAUGCUGUUUGAAUGGACAUUGCACAGUCUUGAAAAAUCCCAUAAUUUGAAACUUCUUAAAAAUCUACUUAUACUCUUUCUUCGAGCAUAAAAUAUGAACAUGACGUGAUUCUCUAUCAUACGAGUGAAAGAAAGAAUAUCUUUGUUCCCUUUUUUCAUAAAAUAUAGUUGAAUAUAUAAGACCACUGAAAAUAAAUGUUAAAAAAGCAUGCUACAUAAGUAGUCAUUUCUCCAAGUGAUUGAAAAGAAGUGCAUUUAAAAGCCGACAUCCUGCCGAGUACGAAGUACCAUAGGAUUAUGCCGCGGGAUAAUCAAUAUUACAACUACACCUAGGUAAUCCUUCCUAAUCGAAAGUGCAUUUCAGAAUUUUGGCCAACAUUUCAUGAGAUCGGUCACCCACUGUAGAUUUGACUCACCCAGCACUGGAUGGAAGCUUCUGUAACUCCCCUUAAUGGAUGUCUGUGGAUUAACAGCAAGUUUUAGGGCGUAAAUAGGGCUGGUCACAAUUCUUAUAUUAGGCCCCCUAGGAACCAAUAUGUGAACUACCGCUUGAUAUUGUUGAAUAUGCAAAUUAUAGAAUUCCUGCGACAGAAACGAUCUCUCAUUAGUAAGAAAUGGCUACUAAACUAGUCUACACAUUCUGUACAUUUUGGUGCCUAAAUGAAGGUAACUUUUCCUAAAGAAAUCUGCCUUUUUACAGUUAUGGAGCGGAGAUCUGCAGCAUCUCAAACGUUGGUGUUUGAAGAAAAGAAUAUGUUUUCUUUGAGAAGAUAAAUUUGGAAAUCAACGUUUGUGUAUCCCAGGUUUUAGUUACACCAGAGUGGCGUAUACGAUCUAUCCUGUUUGCAUUACGGAAAUGAGCAUUUCCACCCUGCUAAGGGGCGCAGGCGUUCUCAUGUCGACCAGCUGCCAUGAAACAACCCAUUUAGCGUUGCUCGAUGCGCAGCAGUCUCGGGGUUCGAAUCACGGAUGUGUGGCCCUCGGGGAUUCGGGUAUCAUUGGCUUAUGAUGGCAGAUAAGCCGGAAAUAGCCACUACAGUGUCUCUCUCUCUCUCUCUGUCAGUGAACACUCCAGUUUUUUUAUGUUGGUGUCCGGAUAUCGACAAGGCUUUGUCCGGCAUCCCCACUGGAUUAAUACCGUAUGAUUAGCCUCUUAAAACAAUUUUACCAAUUGUGAUUACGCUGAAUUUACACCUAUCAUGUGUUUGCGCCUUCCUUACUAUGUUAAUCCAGCGAGUGACUGUGCCUGGGGGGGGGGGGGUGUUUAUACGCCAUCCUCAGUUACAUCAGGUAUCAGUUCACACGCUCUCCCCGUUGCAUGCCUCGCGCCCUUUAUUAUCCUAAUCCAGCGACUAGCUAAGUAUGCUUGCUAAUGGCAUUGUUCGAACGGAAUGGAGUUCAGUCGGCUCCACUAUAGUGGCCAUGCACCACGAAUUAACACGCGGUCCCCUCUUUGCCUUUCUAGUUGUGAUUAGGCCCUCCUUAACCUCGUAGUCCUGAGAGCGGUUGUUUCGCGUGGAGUGUGUACACGUCACAUUCGGCUCACACGCGCUUCCCUGCGCAUGCUUCGAGCUCUGCGUUCUUCCUUUCCUAAUCUACCGAGUGACUAAAUUAGGUAUGUUAACUGAAAUUGUUUGAUGAUAUCAACCAAGUGGGGCUAAAGGACCAAACCUCGCCGGGAUACCUUUCGUACAACAGCAUGUAGGGACUUUUGACAUCGCCUCCCCGGGAGAAGCAUAGCUAGUGGUUCACAUGAUCAGAGGAACGUGUUCCGAUUUUAGUGCAAACUGCGCAUUCUUGUCUCUCCGCCGAUAUUCUAUUCGUGCGAAGCAUUCAACUAUGGCGUACCAUCCGUUGUUCAUUACCGCCUGAGUGGUUGUCGCAGUUGCGCAGGGAAUUUUCCACAUCUGCGCCACUGGCUCUCGAUAAAUCCACCUAGAUCGUGCAAACCAUAACUUCUUCGUCAGCCAAAACUGACUAGACUAGGACUCCCGGCCAAUGAUUGCUCUGAUUGGCUUGGUGGAGAGAUGGAGGUCUUAAUCCACCCCUCGGGUUCCAGGACUGUUUUUGGCAGUGGGGCAGGUUUUAUGGCGGACAACACGCGUGAUGUCCUUCCCUUAAGACCUGUUGCCGAUUUUUCAAGAUUGUUAUUUAACCACACCUAAAGACGUUAUCACUGUGACGAAUUAUUCUUAUUGCACGCGAACCUGCCAUCCCAAUCUGAAGGCCUUUUCAUAAUCUAGAAGCAGUAGGUGUCCGUAUUUGCGGCACUGUUGGCCCUCUGGACUGCUGGUCUAUGGACUUAUAAGACCCGGUAAGCUUAGUUGUUGGCGGUGUUAUAGCCAGUUGAACUACCGCAUUCGGGCAUGAUCACAAGUGAUCAAAGACGAAAAAACAAACAGGAUUCCUGUAGUAAGACCUUAUCUGUGUCCCCGUUGUUUUUUAAAAAAAGUACCCUAUGGUCAAUCCAGUGACUUUUUUUCUAGUUGUGUCAAUGUAAGCGAUUUUGGCCCAUUUCAGCCUACGUCUCCCUGCAUCGUAUAUAGGUAGUGCGCAUCGGUGAGAAACCGGCCAAGGUUGUGAAGGCUCUCAUGUCGAUGAAACGGAAGCUACUGUGCGAUGCCGGUGGUCCGCCACCAACGGUAGAGCUCUUCGGACCCUGGCAGGUUGAGGACUACGUUCCCCCAGUCGCGCAGAAUGGCGUUGUGCCGCGCAACGAGCAUGGAAACGUAGAACUCUUCAAGCCCUCAAUGCUGCCUAUUGGUUGCGUUCACAUCUGUCUCUCAGGUUAGUCAUCUGCGAUGCAGCCCAGGUUGUAUUUUUUUGACAGGGAAGUUAACCCUGCUGUUAAAACCUUCCAGACAUCCUGUUUGUGGGAGUCGCUUUUGUGCAAAGCUUUGGACGCUGACCAUCUAAACUGCAACGUUCGCGGACUUUCGGUGGUUCUCACAGGGCGCUAGGCCAAUCAGAAGUAGUACUUAUCGGUUUUAUUCAACAAUAUGAUAGAUUUAAUUUAGUGGCCACUGUGUAGAACAGGAAUUUUCUUCGUUGAGCAAGGCUCACAGUCAUACGGCCUCCAAGAAGAAACAUGGGAAACCAGCUAAAAGUGUUCAGAUAUGAACAGCUGCUAAAUGCAGAAUUCAGCAUCGAUUAGGCAUCAGUUGCUGAGAUUACGGUUUAAUAACUUGUUUGGUCACCUUAAAGCAGUGCAGAAAAGCAGUCGAAAGUCCACGAACGCAUAACCGGGGCUGAAAUCAGCGACCGGUUCCUGAACGCACAGUUUAAGUCUCAUAGGACAAUAGAACAUUUGGUGGUGGGUGGAAGAUUAGAGGCUCAAUAUUCAGGAAUGUGGGAAAAAUAUAAUUCCCGUCUCAAAAAAACAGAGAACCAAGGGAAGAAGCGAGGCAGAUCGAAGCACAGCGGUUAUUGUAGAAGCCAGUGAACAGUGCAGCCCAUCUUUAUGAAAAGUGACGUCUUUCGAGUUGGUCGGAUUGUCUGUAAACUGGAGUACCCCUGAUCACAACUGACCUUGCGCGGAUCCUUGGUUCGUGUUAUGUUGGACUGUUCACUUGAAGAAGGAGACACGAUCGCUGGGCCAAGAGCUUUAUUAGCCUGAUAUUUCGGAUUCCUGCUCGAACCCAUCAUCAGAGACAACAGCAGAUACGGAUGAUUCACGCACCAGGGACUGCAGUAUUUAUUGGAUGCAGUCGCCAUGCUACCGCAUUCCUAUGACGACUUUGAAUACCCGUCAGAGGUAUUGUAGUUCGGCAAUCUUGUCUUCCGGCUCACUGCAGUGCGUUUCGACACGCUUCUAUUGAACUGUUCACUUGUUUUUAUACAGGGAUCCGAUCUUCACACUAUCGAGACGAGUCUCCAACCCGGCCACUUCUAAUUUGACCAAGCGACCACGCAAGCAACUAGCGUUGCUAACAGCCCUCAUGGGUUUGCCUCAGCAUUUGCGGUUGAUUUUGUUUCGGCGUGUACAGAUUCGUUGGGACUGAUCUAACUUCCGACGAAAUUUUUGUCCUGAAUGAAGUUGCCUCACCGAAGCUGACUGCGAACCCACCAUCGCACAGUCGUGGAUGGACUACAAAGGAUAACACCUCUGGUUACCACGCAGAACAGUGUUGAUUUGUUAUCAAUUGUUGCAAAGGACCAAUUGGGAUUCCGACAGAUCUCAGAUGAACGUCUAAGUUAUCAGGCGCUUUCUAUAUACGUGCUGUCGCAUCACCAUUGACCGACAUCUUACCAACCGACUUGGAGCCUCAGGGGCAAUGAUUACACCGUCUACCAGUGUUGCCUAGUCCGAGUAUUCAAAAAAUCGGUGGGCGUCCAGUUGGCCUUGCUGAUUGCUGUCGCAUUUCCAUGGGAAUACGCCAAGCCAGCCGAUCCUGCGCAAAGCCAUCCGAGGCUGUGAAUGGCUGAGAGGAAUCUUCAGGAUGUCCUUAGGUCUUUAACCGACAGUCCUCGGUGCGGCGUCUUUGCUCAACGCUCUUCCCACCUCACCAUCAGUAUUCCUCAGAGACAACUGUUGUGAAUUGGUGGUCUUGCCUGGCCUUCGUACACUCUUCAUGCCUCUUACUUACUUGUACGUGAUACGGCUGCGAUCAUGCCUGACCUAGCUGGCCCCGAUGUUGCCUCCGUCUCGUACAGAAGCACGGUCUGGACGCCAACCCCAUACACCCAAAUUUCCACCCUGAGGGGAAUAUAUCUAAUUUCAAGCUGGGAGUUGCAGCCUGCGGAAGCUCUGGCUGACCAAACAAUUUUGCCGUCGAUCCUGAUAUUCCUUGAACCGUUACUUCCAGGGUGCGCGAAUUCGUUCACAGGCGGGCUGCGACUCCCGUUGACACUUACCGUAAGCUUGUUGUACUCCAAAGUAGACACUGGUUAGCACAUGGCCACUGUCUUCUCUGUGCUGUGUAUGCCAGUCAGAAGCCUGAAGGCAAAAAGGUUUGCGCUCCAUUGCACCUCAACUUCGGGCGUAGUGUUCAGCGUGCCGUCGUCAGCGAGUUAGAGGUCUCGGACACUGACCUUGGGUGCUUUGGGUUCUGCGCUCAUGAGUCAGUGUGGGUUCGAGGGUUGAUGUUGAUUCCAGGUCGUUCCUCAUAGUAGGCGUCCAUCAGCAUGAUGGAGAACAUGAGGCAGAAGAGGGUGGGAGCGAGCACACAGCCAAGAUUCGUUCCAUUCGUCACCGCAAGUGUUUCCGAGACUGAUCGAUUGUUCGUGACAUGGCCAUCAUGCCCCGGCUCAAUUAUCUGGCUGUCUGCGUAAGUCAUUCCGGACACCCGAAUUGCAACACAUUUUUUCAGAGUUGACUCUGUUUUGCCGUGUCGAAGGCAGUUGUCAGAUAAACAAAGGUGUUGUAUCGGCUGGUUCUGUUUUCUUGAAACUUCCUGCCUUUGGAGUGUCGCAAAUAUCAUUUUGGUAGUUCCGGAGUGUUUCCGAAAUACGCAUUGCGAUUCUGAGAUGAGGCCCCCCUGCUCCAGGUAUGUCAUCACUCGAUUUAAUGGCAAAUAUCUUGCCAGUGAUGGUGAAAAAAGAGAUUCGUCGGUGGUUGUCACAGGUUUUGCGGUUUCCUUUGCUGCUGAAUAGAUGAACAGUGGGUGAAUACCUAAAAUCCUGUAGAAUUUAUCUUUUUAGCCACGUCGCUUAGCACUGUUAGUUUAGGUUGUGUAUGAAUUGACACUGUAAAUUGACGCUGUAAAUUUCGCCUGGAAUUAAGUCGACCACCAGAGAUUUUCUACUGAGUGCCUUCUGUGGAGAGGACGGGCGCUCGAGGUUUCCAUUCCACAAAGCCUGUUGAUAACUUCCUAGCUGACUAGAAAUGGGCCUUUGGAGGCGCCCCUCUAAUGCCGCACCCCACACCCUCCUCUCUCUCCCCCAGAAUAGGCGAUUUCUCGGGUGGUCGUAUUGCGCCUCUUGGCUUAAGUAGCCAGGAAGACCCUUUGACGUUAGCAAUAGUAAGAGAUCCGGGUUGAUAAUCCGAGAAAAAUGAAGUGCUCACCGGAUCGAGGGACUUGUUUGGCUGACGUUCCGAAUAGCUGGGGCGGCUGUCUAUUAUCAAAGCCGGACUAGUUGGCCUUGCGCUGAUCGAUUUUUUUCUCUUCUUUCGCUGCCUUGGCCUACUGGCCGUCGCUUGUGAGUGUUGGUGGCCUCCUGCAUUGUGUGUCGUCAUCUCAAUUGGGGUUAGUUGCGUUUGCGUCCCCCUUUUGGGUGAAUUGGUUGACAGACCGUGUUUACUCGGUAGUCUUAGGCUCCGUAUGACUGUCUUGUCUUCAAAGCAGGCAUGGACAGCAGAAUUUAUUGGUACCAGUAAAUUUCGCGACGACUUCUCAACUGCUGUCCAUGCCUGCUUUAAAUUCAUUCCGGGGAAAUAUUGCGUCAAGUGACUUGUCUUCGCCACGGCGUGUGUAGUGACGUAAGACUUUAUAGACCAAGGAAGGUCUAGAUGCCUGUUGAUGGAGUUGGCAUCAGAGUACCAAGCCUCAAGUGUGAGACGCUAUGUCCUUGAGGCGUCCCUGUCUAAGACGGCUGCUCCUUGAAAAUCAAAACUGUGACCAGUUUCCCCGAUGUGAGCCGCAAGCUAUGAGUUUAGGUCUAGUGUCCGAGUUGCCAGUUUGUGCUCAUGUAGGCGGGUCUGCAAUUUCCGUUCGGUUUCCCAAACGUAGUUGCAGUCCCCAUCGGUACAAAGUAUUUAAAAGACAACGGCUGAGGGUUCAGUAGGUGGCAGUAUGUCUUUGGGUUGCACCAAACGGCGGCGAAUUGUUGCCUGGGGUCGAUGGGCAAUGCCUACCCUGGCGGGUUGUAACAGUCGUGAAACCGCCUCAGAGACUCCUUUUAUGUAAGGAAUAGCCCUCCAGACUUCGGGUUGUUCUUCUUGUGGCCGACGUCUGUUUACUCGGCGCAUGCUUUGUUUGAUGAAGUAGCUUGGGCAUCCAUUGGUUCGAAAGAGGUCAUGAGGGUAUUGUCGUUCAACUCUUUUGUCGGCUGGUGUGUUGCAGUUUGUUUCAACUCUUUGGAAUAGAGUACGGACACAGUUGUGACUUGAUGGUCAUAGACCGCUUUGAUGGCCACUAUGAACUUUUCCAUUUGUUCGUGAUCUGCAUAUUUUUGGUUUCUUCUUGCAUGUCAGUUAGUCAUUUCGCAUCUUCCUUGGUUCCUGUUGCACUAGACUUCUGCAUACUAAGAAUACGGCUCUGUUGUUGACAUCGCUUUUAUACAGCCUGUUUUUUUCGCGAAGUAUGUAGAUGUCUUAUGUCAUUGUUCUAGUCAAAUCUGUCCUCCCUCUGUCAAAGUGUGUAUCCGAUGCAUUGUCCUGGAGAGUUUACCGCGGUUUCUUCUAUUUACCCCCCCCCCCCUCCCACAGCAGCCUCCUUAGUUUUACGGGCUUGCAUUCUAUGCCGCCUGAUGUUCAUAUGGUUACUAAGAACCAACAUGCGUUCAAUUCGAUCCACUGUUUAGGUGUCUAACUUCUUUGGGACCGCUAUUGCUGAUGGACAUCAUUGCCAUGUCUGGCGUCCUUGUUCAAGGCCCCGUUGAGUUAAAGUCAGACACCAUCGCAGCGAGCGGGUCCGGGCGCACCGAUGUGCAGCAGCCACUCGACCGACUUCAACUCGAACGCACGUGCGUCCGUACAGGGUCGCAGCUGCCCAUGCGCCACUUGAACUCACCAUCCCCCGACGAAUGCAACAAAAGCCACUUGAACACCACCCUAGGACAAAUGCAACACACACACUAAUUGGACACCACUUGAAAUUGCCCCACAAACCCACUAAUGCAGCUGCUACCACUAUGCCAAGGACUCUCAGGCAUGACUGAACGCAGCCCUGGUUUCGCCAGUGGCCACUGCCGCCCGUGAGGACCACUCAGGGUCCUGCAUACAAUAAACCCCUCAUUCUGGUGACUUCAGCCUUCCCCUACCAUAGGGGGAUUUGACCUGAUGAUUGUAGCGCCCUGCGUACACACUCCCUCCGCUUAGGCGCUGCACUUUCUUGCCACAAGGUCAUCCGUGGGGUUCGAGUUUCGACCUCAGGCGGCAAGGCGGUGGUUUUGAAGAAGGAGAUGCAAUCGCUGGAACACGAAGUUUGACGUCCUGACAUUUCGGAUCCUCCCUCGAACCCAUAAUUAGACACAGUUGGGGAAAAGAAGGUAUAGUAUAGGGUGCGGUUGCCAGGCGACCAAACGCCUACUAUAUUUAGUAGUACUCGUGUUCAUCGCUUGUUGUUCCUUACCCGAGUCGUUAAUUGCCAUGCUUCCGUCUGCGUUGAAGAUUCUUGGCCUGGCGAUUACUCGGCAACUUUACUCGCUGUCACAGUGAUUACUGGUCACACGCACCCUCCCCGCAUGGCUAGUAACUUUGCCUGGGCAAAAUCGCAGCACAGAAUAUAGAGGCGAAAGGUCAUUGCCCCUGUUUAUGGGAUGUGGGCCGGAGAACCACGACUCAAGCUGCUCACGGCCCACGUGGUUGUCACCUCUUGAGAGGAUUUCGGCUGGGUCCCACUGUGUACCUCUGCACCCUAUUGCCCUUCCCUGGGACUGCCUGCGGAUGGGUUCGAUUGAGAAUCCGAAACGUCCGGCCAAUAAACUUCUUAUUCCGGUGAUCGCAUCAUCAUCAUCAUCAUCAUCAUCAUCAUCAUCAUCAUCAUCAUCAUCAUCAUCAUCAUCAUCAUCAUCAUCAUCAUCAUCAUCAUCUGAACUGCUUUCUGGAAGUCACCCGUUCGCUCCUCUCAGCAAGGCGGUGGUCUCUCCAGCCCUGAGCUCUGCACAUCGUCCUUGUCACCGGCGCAUCAGACUGAUCACGCUUGGUGGCGAGGGCGUAAUCAAAAACUCACCAGUGGCGUGAACGAGGUUGCCUCCGCUUUGCCUUCUCCCACUCUUGAGUUUAUAAGGUAUUUGUAAGGUGAAGGUUGUGCACUGUGUAUACCUACAGCAAAAGGACGCCGUUGACACUGCUGCUGCUGGUCCCGUUGCCACCUGGCAUUUUCUUCCGAUCUGUCACAGCCGCAGAUCUUCGUAUUAGAGCCCGACUGUCGCGAGCGGAGACGUUCAUCAUGCACUCCACGGAGUGAACGCAGAACUAGUGAAUUGUGCGUGGUGAGGCAUACUUACACACUAUACUGUCACGAAUGGAAGAGAAUAUACUAUAUCCUCUCCUCCCUCACCCACCAGACUUCGAUAUGUCAAGACGACAGGUGGUGGCCCUGGGCGGCUGAACAACCCGUCUACACGUGCCACAGGGGUUCCGAUCUCACCUACGCGGGAGUGCCAUGAAGGCCGUACUGAGGAGCCAUUAACGUCUAGCUGCGGGUCGUCCCCAAGCCAGUCACUCCACGUACACUCACAGUACUGACCACGAGGGCUGAGCUAUCCCGUCAACUGGCGGCUGCCAAAGUCACUACUUUCGGUGCAUCGUAGUGGCUCCAAAGCACGUCAUAUUUGUUAUAGUGAGGAAUACGCUGUAUCGGCCCUACUCUCCCUUUCCUUACUCGCUCCCUACUUAACCGUCCGGGCCUGCCAAUCAUCCGUUGUUGUUAUUGGGCCCAGUGGCUGACAAAAUCCAUGUGUAAUAAGAAAGCGUGAUUGCAGUUGAAAUUGAGUCCACAUGUCAAAGGAAGAGGGGGCGGCAAGUCGACAAAGCGACUGGAGAAUAGUCACAUUUGACGUUGUCUUUUAUAUUGUCUUUUUCAUACCAUCCACCUCUCGAUUACAGCCACCCCCGCUCCCCCUCUCUCCGGUCCUCUCACCUGUAGGCAUCCAACAUAUCGCCAAACGUCUGGAAAUCGACGCGGUGCCCGCCAUGAUCGGAUGGUCCUUCCAUGGCGGUGGUUGGGCGCAUCCCGAAUACAACGGCUUCGUUGUCUGCAAAGAGUCCGUGCCCGCGCUCCUUGAUGCUUGGCGUGCGGACAACAUGAAUAAGGCCAAGGCUGCCGCAGCUGAUUGUACUGAGCGUGCUCUGGCUAACUGGCGCCGACUCACACGCCAUCUGCUGCUGUGGCAACGAGUGGAGGCGCGGUUUCAGCUAGCUCGGACUUCUGUGCUAGGGCCUAGCCGCGCACCAACACAGUUGGCGUCGUCCGCUCGGACCUCUCGCGGGGCUCGACGCGCCCGGGCCGGAAGUCAACGUGCCAAUGGGCCUGCACCACCCCCACCAACACAAGCAGCCAAUGGUGGGGGUUGGCAGCGGCUGAAUCCCGGCGAGGAGUCUGUCUUCCCUCGCCUCCUCGAGGUGGCGGCUCCGGCCCAGUCUCGUCCCCCAUGCCGGCCUCCCCGAGGAGCUGCCGGCUUGAAGCGACAAACCAGAGGAAGGACAGGCGCCUCCACGAGGGGACGACGCCGGAGGACGCGGAGAAAGGCGUCCUCGUCCUCAUCUUCUUCUGAGGCUGAGGACCAGAUGUCCUGGGCAAGCGAUUCCAGCACUUGA